UUGACGGCUUUAAUUGUCUCGCACUCUAACGAAAGGCAUCACAAACCCCAAUACAAGAGUGCAUCGUUGCAAGUGUGCUGUAAAACCGCAAACUCAGUAAAAUAUUUACAGGCGUGCAGAAUAAGACUGGUCUUUUCCUUCUUUCUUUUUCCUCCUCCAGUUUUAUGAGUUCUUCACUCGGGUUCUCGCAGACCCUGCGGUCGACACACACACGCACGCUCGCCCGCACGCUCCGAUUGAGAAUCGAAGAGCUGAGAGGAGCUUUGAAACAGCGGUCGAGCGCAGGAACCGAGCUUGCGCACAAGAGAGAUCCAAUAGACUCAAUAGCGAUAUAUUGUAAGAAAAAAAAAUAAGGAGGGUGGGGGAGAGAGACGGUGGUAGCAGAAAUCGUUUCCCCCUCUCACACAAGCAGCGAGCAUAUCGCAUCAAAGCCAGGGAGGCGAUUUGCUGUUCCUGCUGUCGGGGCAAUCGGGUUGAUCUGACUACCAGCGCUUCUGGCUCUCCGAGCGCCUAGUACUGGACAGUGGAGCCGUCCGUCCGUGUUUGACUUUCUGCCGGCUGUAGGCACUCGGGUGGCAAUGGGACCGUAGCGCACCGAGUUAAUGUGAAUUCAGAAAAGAAGUAACCAAGCACAUAAAGACACAGAACAUGGAAUAGCCAUGGGGAAGCGCAGUGGAGAUUCUUAACUUGAACAAAAACGAGAGGAAUUAUCAUUUGGAUUAUUCAUACAUCACUGUAACCUACUAUUUAGAAUAUUCUAUUUCCCACUUAAAAGGAUUUUUUUUUCUGGAUUUUGGUACAGCGCUAAAAAGCAAGUAUGGACGGCAGGGAGAUACGAUUUUGCUCGGGAUUGUGGAGACUGGUGAUGCUGUCCAGCCUUUUCGUUCUGCACUUGAUUCCUUUGUGCGCACAUGGAGACCCCUUGGGGCUGAACGUCACGGUGGCUGACAGCAAGGUGAACUCCUCCUCGCUGGCUGGCGGGGAGGACCAGCAGGAAGCAGCGGUCACGGGCUCCGCCACCCCUCUCGCCCUGACCCUCAGGGCGGGCCGCAUGCCCAGGGGCGGGGAGGAGCCGGGCAGCGGCAUGCUGGGAGAAGCGGAGAUCAGCCCGGACUCGGCGGAGAAGGACCACCUGCUGGAGGUGCCGCCAGAGGGCAUGGGCGCCAGCCUGCCCACCCUGCCCACGCCCCAGGGCCCGGCCGACGUCCAGCUGGACUUCAAGGAAGAGGAGCACACUGACCCCCCCUGGCAGAGCACCAAGGGAGGCCUGGAUGGCGCUGUGCUCGACCUGGACCGCCGGCAGCCUUCCCAGCCCCCCAGCCCCUCCACCGCGCUGCCCCCCUCCCGCUCCACCGUCCUGUCUGUGGAUUACUUCGACCCCGACUCACGCCGCCGGAAUCCGCGCCCCCCGUCCCCCGAGCCGUCCGCCCACGAGCUGCAGGGGGGCGAUCCCACGUCCUUCACGCUGUCCGACUUCUACUACUUCGACACCAAGGACGACAGCUACUCCACCUCCGAGAUCUACCCGGACGGGGACCUGUACACCACCACCGACAUGCAAGACGAGAACAUCAUGCUGCUCGCCACCACCCCGCAGUCCGUGCCCUUUGACCCCCGGGCCCCGGACUCCUUCACCCCCGACGACGUGCUGCCCAGCGGGGCAGAGGACGAGGAACCGCCGCCUCCCCCGGGUGUCGUGGACGCCACCAACGGGUCAGACUGCCUCCCGGGCUACGUACGGAGCAACAACACGUGCCGCUCGCCCUGCGACCUGUUUCCUAGCUACUGCCUCAACGGGGGCCAGUGCUACCUGGCAGAGGGGAUUGGCGUCUUCUGCAGGUGUAACUCACAGGACUACAUCUGGCACAAGGGCUCCAGGUGCGAGUCGGUGAUCACCGAGUUCCAGGUGAUGUGCAUCGCCAUCGGAGCGGCCGCUCUCAUGGUGCUGCUGCUCUUCAUGAUCACCGUCUUCUUCGCCAAGAAGCUGCACCUGCUCAAGACCGAGAACAGGAGGCUGCGCAAGCGCAGUAAGUACCGUCCUCCCUCGGAGCAGCACAAUGAUAAUUUCUCUCUGUCCACCAUCGCUGAGGGCUCCCACCCAAAUGUAAGGAAACUGUGUGACACCCCGCCUACCCUUCCUCAUGCGCGUGCUUUGGCUUACUAUGAUAACAUUAUCUGUCAGGACGAUCCUAACUCCCAGAACAAGCUGGAGGACCCCGUGAAAGCCCCUCCGCCGAAGGAGGACGAGGCCCUCAACAUCCAGAACUCGCUCACCCCGAAACACGAGAACAACCACGCGGCCGGCGAGGAGAACUCCUCGGAGGUAAACUCGCUGCAGAACAACAUGAUGUAACACCGCGCCCCCCCCCCAACCACCACACGCUGGCGCCUCCCCGCCGC